GGGAUAAAACCAUCACCAUGAGGUACGCCAGUCUGUUGUUAGUAGUACUAAUGGCGACGCCAUAUUGCCUGGCAGCCUCUCAGAUGAGCCUGUGUGGUUAUGGGGACGUCUGCGAAGCCAUUGUCUUCAACCAGCUCGCCCUGGCUUCUAUACGCGAAGAAAUGAAAGGCCUGGUGUCAGCUUUUAAUAACACGAAACUCAGUGGAGAACUUGUCCAGAGGAGUGAACUCACCGCCUGCGAGACGGAGAAGGAAGGUCUGCUCUCGCAGAUCCGGAGCCUGGAAGACAAACUCCAGGAGACGAUGCCCAGAGACCCAGCGCCUGACCCAGAGAAGGAGGAGCUCAAGUUAACCGUCGAGAAGCUGAGAGACCUCAGUGAGCAGUUUAAGACCGAAGCUUCUCAGCUUGAGGGGGAGGUCGCCAAGCAUAAGGAGCACAUAGAUCAGCUUAUCAAGAAUGUGAGGCCCGCUGACUGCGCUGAUGUUCAAAUACAGGGACAUACAGAGAGCGGUGUCUACACUUUGUACCCUGACAGAACACUAGAGACCAAAGACGUGUACUGUGACCCUGAAACGGCGGAAGGAGGUUGGACCGUCUUCCUGAACGCCAACUGCAGCCGGAACCCGUCGACUUCAACGAGUCUUGGGAGAACUUCAAGAACGGAUUCGGCAGCGCCGCUGGCGCCGAGUAUUGGCUCGGAAAUGACGUCAUCCACUCGCUGACGUCACAAGGUCCUUCCACAUUGCGAGUCGAAGCCGAGAGCUUUGCGGGAGAGAAGCGUUGGGCCGAGUGGAACCUGUUUAACGUGGCCGAUGAAGCGAACAAGUACCAGGUGACCUUUGACCAGUACCAGGAGACCAGUACCUUGGGAGACAGUCUGUCAAGUAACAAUGGGAGUUUCUUCACAACUUUCGACAGGGAUAAUGACCACCAGGAUG